AUGAAUACCCGCCAAGUCAUCGAUGAGUCCGUCGGACCCUACUCACUAUCAGCCACAUUCAACCAUGACAGCAGUUGCUUCUCGGUGGGCUUGGACACUGGUUUCUGCGUGUUCAAUGCCAAUCCGUGCGAGCUUAAGGUCUCUAGAGGUGAGCUAGCCGUGUCCGGAUUUGAAGCUGUUGCCACUAACCAGGAAUCGUUUCUCUUAGACUUCAAUGCUGGCAUUGGUGUAGUAGAGAUGCUAGGCCAGUCAAACUACCUUGCCAUCGUCGGUGGUGGAAGAAAUCCCAAAUUCCCCCAAAACAAGCUGAUAAUCUGGGAUGAUGCGAAACAAAAAGCUGCUAUCACCCUUGAGUUUCGCACCUCCGUCCUUGGCGUUCGCCUAUCAAAGUCCCGAAUCGUCGUCGCACUGUUAAACAGUAUCCAUGUGUUUGCCUUUUCGACACCCCCACAGAAGCUCUCUGUGUUUGAGACAUCUGACAACCCCCUGGGUCUGGCUUGUCUGGGUCAAAAGGUGCUGGCUUUCCCCGGCCGGUCCCCCGGACAAGUGCAACUAAUAGAGCUGGAAACAGGGAAUAUCAGUAUCAUACCAGCGCACAGUUCUUCAUUGCGGGCUAUGGCUUUAAGCCCCGAUGGAGAGGUGCUGGCUACGGCUAGUGAAGCUGGUACUUUAAUUCGAGUGUUUUCGGCCGCUAACUGUACGAAAUUGGCCGAGCUUCGCCGGGGCGUAGACCAUGCAGUGAUAUUCUCCCUAUCGUUUUCACCAUCCAACAUUCUCCUUGCCGUAACAUCUGACAAAUCUACCCUGCACAUCUUCGAUGUACCCCACCCAACCGUUGCGGGUCCCGGCCAGUCUCCAGCAUCUGCAAAAGAGGAGGGCUUAAACCAGAAGUGGGGAAUAUUGAGCAAGUUGCCUCUCAUGCCACGGGUGUUCUCGGAUGUGUACUCGUUUUCCAGUGCGCAUUUUGAGAUGGGCGACGAAGUCGUUCCGGGAUCACCGGUACCAGGACUAGUUUCAUCCUUGGGCCGACCACCUAAAGGUGUUAUAGGCUGGCAGGAUGAUCAGACAAUUUUGGUGAUUGGCUCAGGUAGGGAAGGUCGCUGGGAGAAAUUCAUUCUUCGAGAUGGUGACGAUGGAAGGCGACAUUGUAUGAGAGAUGGGUGGAAACGAUAUCUUGGUGGUUGA